GUGUGUAUACUACAUAAAUCGAUCUGGGUGUGUGAACGUUGAUUGAAAAGGAGAUCGAGAAGGAUGGCUCGAUUAGAGGAGAAAGAAACGUACUCUUGCCUGCUGGUUUGUUUCAUUGUUUUCGUCUUCAUUGCAAUUACCGCCGUUCCCUCCGUCUUUUACUACCUACACUCACACGUGAAAAAAUCAGAGCCUUCUCCAACAGCUCGACAAGGCAACGGCUCUCUGAAACGCGAAAACAUAGAGGGGGCGGAAUCGUUACGAUUUGAGACGGUUUCGCGCGAUUUCCUGUUGUCAUCUGUCUGUCGGAGUUAUCUCCCUUGGCUACAUGAUUUUUAUGAUCGUGACGUCAAAAGGAACGAUUCAAGUAGGACCCUCGUUCUCGACAACGGCUGUGGCAUGCAAAGGACAGAAGAUGAUUUAAGACGUCUCUUUCACCUGGCCAGUCUCCUCAGUGAAAAGUGCUCAGCUCUCGGUCUUUCUCUUGUCUGUACGUAUCACUAUAGAACGUUCGUCAAUGGUUCGCUGGGCACGAAGCAUUGGCCGACGAAAAGUCAGUGCGAGGAAGUCAUGUUGACGCACUGCCCGUUGGAAUGGAGAGUGGUCGAAAACAUUUUGAGGUCGCGGGGCUACUGCAUACGUCUUCCUGAUUGCGACCUGCUAACAGAUAGACCAGGAAAUCGAAACCAAACAAACGAAAGGAAUUUUCAAAUUCUUAGCUCCAAAACUGUACCUCUUAAAUCAGGAAUAAAUGAUUUACGAAAUCAAGGAAACAAAACGACGUCGUGCAAACUACCCUUUGUUCCUUCAUCCUCAAUAUACAGUAGAUGCUCUCCUCCUUGCCCAGCAGAUCAAUGGCUGCUACGCAAAGAAUCACUUUUAGGAACGAGAUCCACAGCCAUUAUCAGUGGAAUUGUUCUGUUUACAUCUCUUUUUAUCAUCAUCUACACAUGGAUGAAAGUCAAUAAAUUACGUCAGUUUCCGCAUAUAAUUACUCUGCUCGCGGCCAUGUUCUUUCUACUAGCAGGGUUGUCGAUCAUCGCUGCAUUCGUUGUCGGUCGCGAUACUGCUUACUGCUCGCACAACGACAUUCUUAGCUCAUGGCACCAUCCAACAUCAUUUUGUGUAGCGCAAGGUGCUCUGUUUCAAUUUGGUUUCUUAGUGACCGAGAUAUUAUUUUGUUUGUCAAUCUUUAAUAUCAUGGUAGCUGUUUAUGAAGUGAGAAAACCGGAAGACGGCAUUCUGAGACGUCAUUCGAAACUGUUUCUGGCCGUUGAGGUCUUCUUUGCGGUUGGCGUGGCUGCCGCAAUUGUAUCUGCCGUUCUGAGCACGGCAUCAUAUCACAACGACCGUCUCUUAAUGAUUUGUGUUCCAGCGACAACAAGAGCUCUAUUCUACUCGUUCACGGUACCAUCUCAAGUUGUAGGAGUUGGGGCUGUUACUAUGUCCUUGCUCAUUAUAAAACGACUGAAACAGUCUUCUAAAUUUCAAGCAAAAGAAGGGGCAAUAAACAAAAAAGUCAAAGUUGCAGGAGUCAUUAUAACUCGUCAUUUCCUUGUUCUGGUGACCGGCAUACCAGUCGUUUUUGUAACGGCAUUCACAAUGUUCGAGGCGUAUGCCUACUUUUCGUUGAAUAAUAUUACUAAAGACACCACACUCUACAUCUUGUGCCAACAGACAAACAGUAGCAGUGACUGCAUCUCGUUUGCUGAUGACAUUGGGUUGGUGGUAUUGCAUUGCGUCAUUCCGGUGUGUGUAGCCGCUGUCGCAGUCUUACUGAUGGUGUAUAGCUUAUUUCCUGGACCAGCUAGAAAACUGUGGAAAAGCCAUUUCAGGUCAAUUUUCCGUUGCAGAAAAGCAGACAAGAAAAACGAAUGGCGGAAAAUCAUAUUUAAAACAAAAGACGACAAGAGUCGAGAGAUACCGAGGGACUACGGCGGCGACAUUGACAAGAUUGAAAUGACAGACAACGUAGAUUGGAAAUUGCACAAGAUAAAAGCCACUGAUGUACGAGAAAGUAACGAGUGCGUUUCUCGUUUGAUAAAAAACCAAGAGGAAAUUGGCAAGUGCGACUUCAGUCAAUCAAAUUCGGACGCCGAUAUGCUUGAAGCAUCCAGUGAAAAGACUAAAAGGAAACCGUCAGCAGGGCAAAUACGGAGACGAGCAUUUUUGGUGAAGGAAUUGAAACGAACAGCAGAGCCUGUAAAGAAGACACUGAUGAAGGUUGUGAGCGUCAGUGAAGGAAUAAAAAGAAUGUCUUCUUUCCAAAAAUGUUUCCGUCACUCACAGUCCAUGAGACGCCAUAGACGGAGAGCAAGUACAGCGCUAGAGACGGUUGGACGCGAAAAUGCUUGUCUGUUGAAAUGACUAGAUGCAUGCAUGCGCAUGCAUGUGAUAGCUGACUUCUUCGCUGGCUAUAUAAGACGCGUGUACUCUGCUGUCUAUAUGCAUUCAUAAUAACGGUGCGCUCUGUAGACACAGUCUAGACCACCAAAGCAGAGAAGAAAACGAUGAA